GGCACUUUGUUGUAAAAAAAAAGGCACCGUUAUUCACAAGGAACAAAGGUGCCGUUAGCUUAGCAGCCCUUCAAAGAAAACGCCAUCGUUCGAGCCGCAAGAAGUUGGAGAUGUGUGUGUGUGGAUGUUAGACAUGCACGGCACUCACUCUCACUCACUUCGGCGUACACCCAUAACACUUUAUACCUAUAUUUGGACAAAUGGGCCUUACUGAACUUUGAUCCCCUGCUUACAUAUAUGGCUUUUUGAAGUGAACCUUCGUUCAACACGUGCUCAUACUUUGUUCCUGAAUUGUUUCUGCACCAAAAAAGUGCGCGCGCGCGCGCGAGAGACACAGAGAGAGGAGACAAUGAAGGGAGCAAUAGGAGUGAGAAAAGGUGCAUGGACUGAGGAAGAGGACGUGUUGCUGAAGAAGUGCGUGGAAAAAUAUGGUAAAGGAAAAUGGCACCAAGUCCCUCACAGAGCAGGGUUGAACAGGUGCAGGAAAAGUUGCAGGUUGAGGUGGCUGAACUAUCUGAUGCCCGACAUCAAGAGAGGGGCGUUCCAAGAAGACGAGGUUGACAUGAUCAUCCGGCUUCGGAGGCUUCUUGGUAAUCGUUCAUGCAGGUGGUCACUGAUUGCGGGGAGACUUCCGGGAAGAACCGCGAACGACGUGAAGAACUAUUGGAACACCCACUUGGCUGAAAAGGUCGUCUAUCAGAAGCUGAAGGAAGACAACUCGCCUACAAAAUUUGCCACUAAAGUGAACGUCAUAAGGCCUCAACCUUGGCCAUUCUCGAAGAGCUCGGCAUGGCUCGACAUAAAAGCCACGCUGGUGGCUUCAAGGACUCCACCAGGUGAAAACAUUGAACAAUCAUCUCCAAUGUUAUCUCAUCAGGACAAGGAGAGUGCUUGGUGGGAAAAUUUGUUAUCCGAAAGCGGCCCCAACGAAGGGCUCAUCACCUCAACGAGUGGCUUAGAAGGACAGCCAGGCACGGAUUCGUGGCCUCGGGAAUUUGCUAUGGAAGAGGGACGAAAUGGUUGGAACGAGCUCUCUUUCGAUGCCGAUGUUUGGGAAUUUCUCGACUCGAAUCCUCAUGCUGUUAUCUAGCUAUUGCUUUGGUCGAUCUGUCUUAGUAGCUAUUACUACUGAGGCAAACUUGUGUCCUUUAUGUGUUAUGUAAUUCUCCAUAGUCUGCUAAAAUGGGGCCGUUUAUUAAACUAGUGAUUGAUGCAUUCAACUAUAGAAGAAGCUUGUUAUGGAAGUGGCCCCUUGUGAGAAAUAAUGUCUGUAAAGGAGUAGUCACAUUCAUCCUUAAAUUUGUCAUAUAUUGUGA